AAACGAGGUCAAAUCAUCACGUCAGUGAUAUUCAGGUCGGAGCUAUAGAAAGAUGCUCAAGACUCCGAGUUGGAUGACCGUUAAAACGAUAUUUCGUUUUUUCCGAGUUCGUUAAUGCUUGGAAGUCGGAGAUUUCUGAAUUCCCAUUUGUUUUAAACGCGGCAUAAGGUGAAGCCAUAGACUGUUAAAAAAUAGGGUGAAGCGCAACGUAAUUUUGAUUCACAUCAACAUUACUGCGCGUGUCCUACUCUCGCGAGAAGCUGAACUGCUAAGAACGAGAACUGAUUUGAUCAGCUGAUCAGUCAAAAUACUCGCGCAGUGAAACUCCGAGAUGGCGAGUAUGGAGCUUGCACCACUUAGACCAUGGGAUGAUUUCUUCCCAGGAGCUGAUCGAUUUGCAAAACCCGACUUCGGAGAUUUAGCUAAAUGGAACAACAGGGUGAUCAGCAACUUGUUAUACUAUCAGACCAAUUAUUUCGCCGUGGCCAUAGUGGUUUUCCUGAUCGUGGGGUUUCUGAACCCUCUUGGCAUGUUUCUGGGCGGUGCGGUGGUCUCUCUGGUCUUCAUGUGCUCGGUGUGGGCAGGAGAGAACAAGAAUUUCAUCAAGAACUUCAAGAAGAAGAACCCCACUUUGUUUGUCAUCGCUGUUAUGGGAACGAGCUACUUCCUGCUGUCGCUGUGUGGUGGAGUGAUGGUCUUCAUUUUCGGAAUUACUUUUCCCUUGCUGUUGAUCCUGGUUCAUGCGUCUCUGAGGCUGCGCAACAUGAAGAACAGACUGGAGAAUAAGAUGGAGGGAGUGGGCAUGAAAAAGUCCCCGAUGGGCAUCAUCCUGGAUCUGCUAGACCAACAGGAGGAGAAGAUCAACAAGAUCCAGGACUUCCUGGAGUCAAAGCUAAACAAGGAUUGAGGGAAGAGAGCCAAAAUGGCACCCACAACCUCAUUCUGAUUAAAUUCAACAUGGUUUGCUUUUUCCUUUAACACCAAAAUCAAGUGUGUUGAUUUGUACCCCAUGUAAUAUCAGUGUUGUCGACAUUCCCCCUAUUUAUCAUUCUCACUCCAUUUGUUUUGUUAGAUUGAAACACCUUUGUACAUUUUGUGUCACACAGUCCCUGAUUUUCUUUGGAGCAUUUCAGAAAGAUUUGUACUGUCGUGUAUGGAUCAGAUGUUGGGGGGAAGGCACCUGGCACAAUGAAAUGAGGCAUGAGCUUUCCUGUGUAUAUUGUGUGUCCAUUCAAAUAAACACACAAUACACAUGUCAUUAUGUAAUUGCAAUAUGUAUCCAGGCACAUUUGACUUUUGAGCGUGCGUGUACAAUGUUAACAACAAAAAAAGCUGCAUGCCAGAAUGCAACUAUUGCAUGUUAAACCAAUUGUGUUCAGUAGUGUAGCAUUUUUAAUGAUCUUUUUUUAUUUUUUAGAUCAAAUAAUUUAAUCAAUCAGAACCAAUUUAUUUGCUACCUCAGAAUAAUCAUCACUGUAUUUUCUCUUAAGCUGAACUGGUGUCGCUGGGCUCCCCCUUAUAUUCACUGGUCCAGUGACUGCUUAUUGACAAGUAGCAAUAAUGUCCCUCUUGUUACUUCAGACCCUGUGGGUUGGGCUUGAGAUGAACAUUAUCAGAUCAUAGUUAUGCAAUAUGGGAAAAUGAAUGGCAAAUGCAGCUUUAUUAAUUGAAGUAGUCAUGUUGUAUAUGUUAAAGUUGUGCUUUCAUGUAUCACCAAAUCUUCUGUACAUGUGUAUUCAGCAUAAAGCAUGCAGAAAACAAAUGUUUGCAUUACAAAAAGGACAGGGUAAGGCACCAAAGUAUUGAUGGAAAAAAAAUUAGUGCAAGAAUGUUACCUCUGUACUAUUAAAUAUUACACACAUUA